AUGACGGAGGUGGCGUCAACGAGCAGUCACGGCUUCUCCUCCAACUCCGACGUCUGGUCCUUCCAACCGUCCGACGAGAGCCUCGCUGUCGAUUUCCUGCAUCCGAUGGCCGCCGGCUUCGCCGUUCCCGACGGCAUCCGCAUCAUCGCCGACGAUCCCUACCGCGCCGAGCCGUGGAAACUCCUCGCGGCCCAUCAGAGAGACGUGGCUGAGGGCGCCUACUUCUUCACCAAGAAGGUGAUGCUCAGCUCUAAAGGGCUGCGGCGGAAGCGAACCGUCGGCGAGGCGGAUAAGGUUGUUGGGACAUGGAGGAUCCAGAAUAGCAAGAACGAGAGCAACGCCGAUCGGACGCCCGCAGACAAGAUCGUGAGGUGGCGCAAGACUCUUCUCUCGUACUAUAAUGCAGCAAAUAGCAGCACGACCACCGGGUACGUGAUGCAUGAGUACGAACUUUUCAAAACCGGCCAUGGUGGGGAUAGCGGAGGUCGUCUCAACGGUGAGACGCAUGAAUUCGUAAUUGCUCAAGUUAAAUUGAGCGAGCGGGAGGUCGCAAGAAAUAAAAGGAAGAGGAAGGAAUCCGCCUCAGCUGCUUGCAGGAACAGCACCAGUCCCGGCACUAGUAAUGCAGGUGCAGCUGCAGCUGCAGCUGGCACUCAUGAUGAUGACUUUUUGAACAGCUUCUUUUCUCCCGAUGGUGUUGAUGCCGUCAAGAAGUUUUUAAGCAAUAGCGAAUGGGAGGAACUGCUGGGGGAGAUUGCACGCAGCGCAGACUGA